AUGGCGGCGGCGACGGUCGGGCGGGACACUUUACCUGAGCACUGGUCCUACGGCGUGUGCCGGGACGGCCGCGUCUUCUUCAUCAAUGAUCAGCUCCGCUACACAACCUGGCUGCACCCGCGCACCGGGGAGCCCGUCAACUCCGGCCACAUGAUCCGCUCAGACCUGCCCCGUGGCUGGGAGGAGGGCUUCACGGAGGAGGGCGCCAGCUACUUCAUCGACCAUAACCAGCAGACCACAGCCUUCAGGCAUCCUGUGAGUGGGCAGUUUUCUCCAGAAAAUAGUGAAUUUAUUCUUCAAGAAGAAGAGCCAAAUCCACAUAUGUCGAAGCAAGAGAGAAACCAAAGACCGUCCAGCAUGGUCAGUGAAACGUCCACGGCGGGGACCACUUCCACCGUGGAGGCCAAGGCUGGCCCCAAGAUCAUUAAGUCCAGCAAUAAAGUGCACAGCUUUGGGAAGAGGGACCAGGCCAUUCGGAGGAACCCCAACGUUCCAGUGGUGGUGAGGGGCUGGCUACACAAGCAGGACAGUUCUGGGAUGAGGCUGUGGAAAAGGAGGUGGUUUGUGCUUGCUGAUUAUUGCUUGUUUUACUAUAAAGACAGCCGAGAAGAAGUGGUCCUUGGGAGCAUCCCUCUGCCCAGCUACGUGAUCUCACCGGUGGCCCCUGAGGAUCGCAUAAGUCGCAAGUAUUCCUUUAAGGCUGUACACACCGGGAUGCGGGCUCUCAUCUAUAAUAGCUCUCAGGCCGAGCAGUCGGGCAUGAGGACCUACUACUUCAGCGCUGACACCCAGGAGGACAUGAAUGCUUGGGUCCGGGCCAUGAACCAGGCUGCACAGGUGCUGUCGCGAUCGUCACUGAAGAGGGACACGGAGAAGGUGGAGCGGCAGGCGGUCCCCCAGGCCAACCACGCAGAGUCCUGUCGAGAGUGUGGCCGCGUGGGACCCGGACAUGCAAGGGAUUGUCCUCAUCGCAGCCACGAGGAUUCCUUUGGAUUUGAGAGGCGGGAGCAGGAGGAAGACCGGUACCGCUCCAGGGACCCACUGGAGGGCAAGCGGGACAGGAACAAGGCCAGGUCCCCGUACUCACAAGUCGAAGAGGACGCCUUGUUCGUGGAUUUACCCAGCGGCCCGAGAGGCCAGCAGGCUCAGCCCCAGCGGGCAGAGAGGAACGGUGUGCUGCCUGUCACGUCUGGCCCGGGAGAGCAGAACGGGACUGCUGUGUACCAGCGGGCCUUCCCUUCCAGGACCAACCCUGAGAAGCACAGCCAGAGGAAGAGCAGCCUGGCCCAAGUGGAGCAGUGGGCAAAGACCCAGAAGGGGGACAGCAGGAGCCUGCCCCCGGAGCAGACCCUCCCUCGCCAGGGUCCCAGCCAGCACCUGUCCUUCCCAGAAAACUACCAGACCCUUCCGAGGAGCAGCCGCCACCCCUCGGGGGGCUCUUCGCCCCCUCCCCGCAACCUGCCGAGCGACUACAAGUACGCGCAGGACCGCGCCAGCCACCUGAAGAUGUCGAGCGAGGAGCGCCGGGCGCACCGAGAUGGCACCGUCUGGCAGCUCUACGAGUGGCAGCAGCGCCAGCAGUUCCGGCACGGCAGCCCCACGGCCCCCAUCUGCGCCGGCUCCCCGGAGUUCGCUGAGCAGGGCCGGAGCAGGAGCAUGUUAGAGGUGCCCCGCUCCAUCUCCGUGCCUCCGUCGCCCUCCGACCUCCCUCCCCCGGGACCCCCGAGGGCCUUCCCACCCCGGCGGCCCCACACGCCGGCAGAGAGGGUCACUGUGAAGCCACCGGACCAGAGGAGGAGCGUAGACAUCUCUCUGGGGGGUUCUCCCAGGAAGGCAUGGGGCCCCGCCACCAAGAACUCUUCUCACGUGGACCGACGCUCCAUGCCCUCCAUGGGCUACAUGACCCACACUGUCAGCGCUCCCAGUUUACACGGAAAAUCGGCUGACGAUACCUACCUCCAGCUGAAGAAAGACCUGGAGUACCUGGAUCUAAAGAUGACAGGCCGGGAUCUCCUCAAGGACCGAAGUCUGAAACCGGUGAAGAUCGCCGAGAGUGACAUUGACGUCAAGCUGAGCAUCUUCUGUGAACAAGAUCGGGUCCUCCAGGACUUGGAAGACAAGAUACGAGCCCUUAAAGAGAACAAAGACCAGCUAGAGUCCGUGCUGGAGGUGUUGCACAGACAGAUGGAGCAGUACCGAGACCAGCCCCAGCACCUGGAGAAGAUCGCAUACCAGCAGAGGCUGCUGCAAGAGGACCUUGUCCACAUCCGGGCUGAGAUCUCCAGAGAGUCCACUGAGAUGGAAAAUGCCUGGAAUGAGUACCUAAAGCUAGAAAGAGAUGUGGAGCAGCUAAAGCAGACCCUGCAGGAGCAACACAGAAGAGCCUUUUUCUUCCAGGAGAAAUCUCAGAUACAGAAGGAUCUCUGGAGGAUUGAAGACGUCAUUGCAGGCCUGAGUGCAAAUAAAGAGAACUUCAGAAUCCUGGUGGAAUCGGUCAAAAAUCCAGAGAGAAAAACGGUGCCUUUGCUUCCUCACCCGCCUGUGCCUUCACUCUCGACCUCUGAGAGCAAGCCGCCCCUGCAGCCCAGCCCUCCCACCAGCCCUGUGCGGACCCCUCUGGAGGUUCGACUCUUCCCCCAGCUGCAAACCUACGUGCCGUACCGACCUCACCCGCCCCAGCUGAGGAAGGUGACGUCCCCGCUUCAGUCACCAACCAAGACCAAGCCCAGAGUGGAAGACGAGGCACCUCCCAGGCCCCCGCUGCCCGAGCUCUACAGCCCAGAGGACCAGCCCCCGGCCGUGCCCCCGCUGCCGAGGGAGGCCACCAUCAUCCGGCACACUUCAGUGAGGGGCCUCAAGCGGCAGUCGGACGAGAGGAAGCGAGAUCGGGAGCAGGGACAGUGUGUGAACGGGGACUCCAGGGUGGAGCUCCGGUCGUACGUCAGCGAGCCAGAGCUGGCCACCUUCAGCGGGGACACGGCCCCAUCCUCCCUGGGCCUCGUGGGCUCUGAGGGCAGGUACCAGACGCUGCCAGGCAGAGGCCUCUCGGGGUCCAUGUCAAGGCUCCAGCAGUCGUCCACCAUUGCGCCCUACGUCACCCUCCGGAGGGGUCUAGAUGCCGAAAGCAGCAAGAUGACCUACCCUAGACCCAAGAGUGCCUUGGAGCGCCUGUACUCAGGAGACCACCAGCGGGGCAAGAUGAGCGCGGAGGAGCAGCUGGAGCGCAUGAAGCGGCACCAGAAGGCGCUGGUCCGGGAGCGCAAGAGGACGCUGAGCCAAGGAGAGAGGACGGGGCUGCCCUCGUCCCGCUACCUCAGCCAACCGCUCCCGGGAGACCUCGGCUCAUGGAAGCGUGAGCAGGACUUUGACCUGCAGCUGCUGGAACGGGCUGUACAAGGGGACAGAAAGGACAAGGAAGAGAAUGGCUGGCUGAAGGUGCAGGCCAUGCCUGUCACUGAAUUGGACCUGGAACCACAAGACUAUGACGUGGACAUCAGCAGAGAGCUCUCCAAACCAGAGAAGGUCUCCAUCCCCGAGCGUUAUGUGGAGCUGGAUCCUGAAGAGCCACCCAGCCUGGAGGAGCUGCAGGCACGAUACCGCAAAGCCGAGAAGAUCCGUAACAUCCUCACCCGGUCCAGCAUGUGCAACCUGCAGCCGACCGCCAGCCAGGACCGGAACAGUGUGGCCGACCUGGACUCGCAGCUGCAGGAGCAGGAGCGCAUCAUUAACAUCUCCUACGCCCUCGCCUCGGAGGCCUCCCAGCGCAGCAAGCAGGUGGCAGCGCAGCAGCUGGCCCUCCUCCCGCCUAAAGCCCCCCUGUCCUCCCGGACCGUGCCACCUUACCCCCCCUUAAGCAACGGACUCCACUACACCUUUGUCUAA